CUAGUAAAUUACUUCAAGAUGCUAAUAUAAAAUUCCAAUAUAGAACUGAUUUUAAUUUAUCCUUUUCUUAUACACUUUUUCUUAACUUAGCAGUAAAUGACCUGUCACAACUUGAGAAAACCAAUGUCUAUUACACUAUAGAUGUUGAAAAGGUAAAACCCAUCAAGUUGUACCUAUAUCAGACUUCAUCUUGA